AUGUCGCCAAAGUGUCGGCACCGAAGGAUCAUGGUGACACCACCGACCAGACAUGACGCCCCUACUCCCCUACCAGUUGCGGAAUGUAACUCUGAAAUGGAGCAACGCAGUUGCGAUCGAAAGCAGGAGAGAAACAGGCCCGAAUAUGUCGAACUGACGGUGAUACCAGAGGCAUGCAGGGUGGCACCAGAGGCAUACAGGCUGGCACAAGAGACACACUGGGUGGCACCAGAGACACUCAGGGUGGCACCAGAGGCAUACAGGCUGGCACCAGAGACACACUGGGUGGCACCAGAGACACUCAGGGUGGCACCAGAGGCACACAGGCUGGCACCAGAGACAGACAAGGUCGCACCAGAGACACACAGAAUGGCACCAGAGGCAUACAGGGUGGUACCUAAGGCAUACAGGGUGGCAGCAGAGGCAUACAGGCAGGCACCAGAGGCAUACAGGCUGGCACCAGAGACACACUGGGUGGCACCAGAGACACUCAGGGUGGCAGCAGAGGUACACAGGCUGGCACUAGAGACAGACAAGGUCGCACCAGAGACACACAGAGUGGCACCAGAGACACACUGGGUGGCACCAGAGACACUCAGGGUGGCACCAGAGGCACACAGGCUGGCACCAGAGACAGACAAGGUCGCACCAGAGACACACAGAAUGGCACCAGAGGCAUACAGGGUGGUACCUAAGGCAUACAGGGUGGCAGCAGAGGCAUACAGGCAGGCACCAGAGGCAUACAGGCUGGCACCAGAGACACUCAGGGUGGCAGCAGAGGUACACAGGCUGGCACUAGAGACAGACAAGGUCGCACCAGAGACACACAGAGUGGCACCAGAGGCAUACAGGGUGGUACCUAAGGCAUACAGGGUGGCAGCAGAGGCAUACAGGCAGGCACCAGAGGCAUACAGGCUGGCACCAGAGACACACUGGGUGGCACCAGAGACACUCAGGGUGGCAGCAGAGGCACACAGGCUGGCACUAGAGACAGACAAGGUCGCACCAGAGACACACAGAGUGGCACCAGAGGCAUACAGGGUGGUACCUAAGGCAUACAGGGUGGCAGCAGAGGCAUACAGGCAGGCACCAAAGACACACAAGGUCGCACAUACAGAGACAUACAGGGUGGCACCAGAAGCACAUAGGAUGGCACCAGAGUCACACAACGUGGCACCAGAGACAUACAGGGUGGUACGAGAGGCACACAGAGUGGCACAAAGGUCACACAAGUUUGAAACUGCACUUGGAAUAUAA